AACUACACUCACUUUGUUUUUGCUAUUGUCAUAUUGUGUUGUGUGUGUUUUACAAAACAAUUAAUUCUGUUUUUUUAAAUUUUGUGGCAAGCCAAACAUGGCCUUAACGGAACCAUGGAUAAUGGAAAACGGCAACAUCAAAGGGUUGAGCAAGGAGCUGAGGCAUGGUCGGACGGCUCACAACAUGUCGUCGUCGUCGCUGCGUAAAAAAUCCGAUUUGUCCCUGGUUUCUAAAGUGCCUUGUGGGAUUGUUAGGCUGUGUUUGGCUAACCUUCAAGAGGUUAUUUUGGGAACCAAGCUCUCAGUUCUCUUCCCUGCCAUUCCACUGGCUGUUGUUGCAGAGUGUUAUGGGUUUGGAAGACCAUGGGUUUUUGCAUUGAGCUUACUUGGAUUAACCCCAUUAGCGGAACGUGUCAGCUUCCUCACAGAGCAAAUUGCUUAUUACACUGGUCCUACAGUGGGAGGACUUCUAAAUGCAACAUGUGGAAAUGCAACAGAGCUAAUAAUAGCAAUACUUGCUCUCACCCAACAUAAAAUAGAAGUGGUGAAGUACUCUCUCUUGGGUUCCAUUCUCUCCAACCUUCUCUUGGUUCUUGGCACCUCUCUCUUCUGUGGUGGCCUUGCUAACCUUAUGAAGGAACAAAAAUUUGACAGAAAACAAGCAGAUGUGAAUUCCCUGCUGUUGUUGCUGGCUCUUCUGUGCCACAUGCUGCCCUUGAUGUUCCGAUACGCCGGGAAAUCGGAAGUCGAGACUGCAAAACCAACACUUGAGUUGUCAAGAGCAAGCAGCAUUGUAAUGCUUGUUGUCUACUUUGCUUACCUUGUGUUCCAGUUGUGGACUCACCGACAAAUGUUCGAAGCCAAGGAGGAAGAAGAACAAGGUGAUGAAGUGACCGCAGAAGAAGCUCCGGUGAUUGGAUUCUGGGGAGGGUUUGCUUGGUUAGUUGGCAUGACUGCUGUCAUAGCUUUAUUGUCUGAGUACGUCGUGGGUACAAUUGAGGAUGCAUCAGCAUCUUGGGGAAUCUCUGUCAGCUUCAUCAGCAUAAUCUUGUUGCCAAUUGUUGGAAAUGCUGCCGAACACGCUGGAGCGAUCAUAUUUGCCUUUAAAAACAAAUUGGAUAUAACUUUGGGGGUUGCUUUAGGAUCUGCAACACAAAUUGCAGUGUUUGUGGUUCCAUUAAGUGUGAUUGUUGCUUGGAUAAUUGGGAUCAAGAUGGAUCUUGAUUUCAAUCUUCUUGAAACCGGCUCUCUUGCUCUUGCGAUUAUAAUCACAGCCUUCACUUUACAAGAUGGAACAUCUCACUACAUGAAAGGAUUGGUUCUUUUGCUGUGCUACAUUGUUAUUGCAGCAUGUUUUUUCGUUUGUCAAACACCUCUAAACCAAGCAAAUCUCAUCAACUUGGGAGUUCAAAAGUCAUCAACUUGAGGAAUCUUCAGAGCGAGAGCUAGCAGUGGACUCCAGUGAAAAAAGUCAAUCAGAGAAGGAGAUUUUGUUCACCUAUCUAUCAAGUGCUUGGCUCGACCGCUACAUAUGAUCAUGUAGCUAGCCUAAUAAAAUUUAUGUAAUAACUAUGAGCUGCCUUUUGGAGUGAGUGGCUAGUAUCAAGUGACGAGGAGGAUGUUCAACUGAUUGGAUAUGCAUUUGUUAUUCUUUGAUUUGGAUUUUCCAUAAAGCUCAAUUGGUACCAUUGAUGCUUAUUUCAUGCAUAACUUCUUUGAUUUUUGUUUUUAUUUUUUUAUUCUGUUUGUGAAAGUGGUGGCAGCAAAGUUGUUAAGCUUGCUUCCACAGUUCAAUAAUCAAUAAAAUGUUCAAGUUUUUUUUGUUUUUUUUUA